CAACCUCUGACGGAUCGCUCCCCCAACACUCAUCUGCCGGCGGAUCUCACGAUGAAUUCUCUGGACUACCAUCGUCAGGUCCUGCAAGGCAAGAUCGAGAGUCAAGACAAACAACAGGCCAGCUAUGUCUCUCCCUCCGACGACAUCAUGAGUCCCUGUUCGAAGAAACUGAGCGAUCUCAAGGGCAAGCGCUUUAAGAAUGCUGGAAAGCCUCAAUCGCUCUUUGCGAAACUGGGCAAGAAGAACUUUGAGCAGCAGUCGUCG